UUUAUUGUUGUGCCACUCUGGUGUGUGCAGUAGUAAUUUGUCAUCAGGUUUUGUUUGCAUCGCAUUUAAUUGAUUUCUUUAUUUUGAUCGCGAAGUGAAAGAAAACCAAAAUAUGUGAAAUUAAUUUAAUUAUAUGGAGGCAAUGAUUGUAAAUAGAUAACGAAUAAAUGUUUAUGAGUGCAAUUAUUUAUAUAUGUAUAGGUUUAUAAGUGUUUGUUAUGUGUUAUUUUUACGUAUUUAUAUAAAUAAGGUAUAUUGAAGAAAAAAAACAAAACAAAAGAAUGAAUGGAAAAUAUGUUGAUGACGAAGCAUUUAUAGUUUUCCAUAAAGGCGUAGCCCUACAUUUGCAUUGGUCGAGCGUGCCACCGUUAGAGCGUGCACCAGUGUUACGGCUACGUGAACUACAGGGGAAUUUGUUGGUAUUACUCACAAUUGAUGGCUCGUUGUACUUGGCACGGUAUGAAAAGGUGAAUUCAACAUUGCACGUUGAGCUUAAACUGACCCGGAUCGUUGAUGUGGACUUUUGCCGUACCAAACGCAAUUUGUUUGUUGUCACAGAUGCGGGUCUGGUACUUACACAACAAUUAUCCGUGGCAAAUCCAACAAUAAGUGACAAUUGGGAAACCUUAAUAUUUGACCCAUUAGAACUGGCCGAAGAGGGUAUUGCAAUAUCACGUGUAUGUUGUUCCUCUGUGGGAGUCAUCUUCAUCACUGUCCGUGGUGACAUUUAUAGCAUGGGUAGCUGCGGUGAAAUCUCAGCGCAGACACACCCACAACAUUUGCGUUUAUUCGAAGAAAAUAGGGAGGUUAUAGACGUAGCAGCUGGCGAUGAUUUCUUUGUGAUACUUCUAAAGCAACUAUUCGUAGAAAAUGAUGACAGUGAUGAAUUUAAAUUGCAGGAUGCAAGAAAUAAACAACGAACAAGUUAUAAUAUAAAAUUACCUGGAGGAAACGCUAAGACUUCUCAUAGCCAUGAUUCAGAGGAAAUUCUCAAUGGCUUUGUAAAAAAGCAAGACUUAAAUUCUAAUACUUCCCUACAUUCAUUUAGCAGUAAAUCAAAUCAAUCUGAUGAAGAACAUUCUUUUGUUGUGAAUCUGAAGUGCAUGCUAAAGCAAGGACGCGGAUUUUUGGCUACAGAAGUGUGCACGUUUGGCGCGUCAAAUAACGGCUUACUGGGUACUGGCGAUCACAUCAAGCGCACUUCAGUUAAUAACAUUCAAAAACUAGAAAAUAUAGGAGUUUGUAAUAUCUCAACUGGCCGCGAAUACACUGUAGCGCGCUCUGUGGACGGUCGCCUUUUCCAUUGGGGCUUGAAUACAAAGGGACAACUUAAUGGCAAACCAGAAAUUAUCGACAUUAGUUCUCCUACGGAAUUUAAUUUGGACAAAAUUAUUCAAAACAAUAAGCAGGAGUCAUGCUCUAGUGUUUAUCAAUCAAUGCUUCCCUAUCUUAUCAAGGAAAUUUUUGAUAACAAUGAAUUCCCGCUGUUAGAUAAAGACUUUCUAACGCUUUAUAUGGGCAAUGCAACCAAAAAUUCAUUUCCUCUCUUUCUUGCGACUGAGGACUUUACUGUCCAUAAUUUUCGGCAAUUCCAGAGAGAUUACCAAUCCAUUUUUCGCAACUUACAAGUACAAAUGAAAUGCAUGCUGAAGUACAGAUACACGGUGCAAAUGCUACAAUUGUACCAACAGAAAACUGCUCCAAUGCCCUUGAAGAAUUUGUGGCCCCUAUACUGUAGCUUUCAUAAGAUAUUGUAUAUGCUGGCCAGUGUGGUGAAGUCCUUCGAAAGUUUCUAUCGAAAUGAUUUUGAUAAUCCUGCCGAUUUAAUCUUCAUUAGAUACUAUCGCGAAUGCAUAGAAAUAUUUAAGGAAUACACCCAAAAUUAUUGUGAUAUUUACUGCAUUGAUGGGUUUUCGGAAGCCGUUAGAGUAUUUCAGACUUUCUCUGGGCUACCGCUCUCACCUGAUCAACGCGAAGAUACAAAUUUACCAUGUGUAUUCCGGCAGCCCUUUCAGAUAUUCCCAAAUAUUAUUGAGUUUUUGGAAAAAUUACUGAAAUCCAGACAUGAAUUCACAGAACACUUUGAUUCGUGGCGGGAUUUUGCUCGACAAAAUCUCAUCGACUUGGAAUUAGCUGAGAAUACACUGGAGUUUUGGCAAAGUAACGAGCGCAACUCUAAGCUCAGAAUAUUCCGUACCAUGGACAGACGUGUCAUUCUAACUUCGACAAAUUUGCCAAUAAAAUUAGCUAACAGUAUUAUUAUGUCGAGUUUGCAUUUCAUUCUGUUUUCGGAUUGCUUGUGUCAAGUUGGAAAACAAGUGCUCAUUUAUCCGUUGGUAGCAAUGUGGCUUAAGAUGGAAAAUGAGACUAGUUUUCAAGUAAUUACGCCCGAAAGAACCUUUACGCUAAAUGCAAAUUCACCUGCCAACAAAAUGCUGUGGUACGAACAGAUGGAAUCAGCCAUAGUUUCAGCUCUCCAUCUGCCAGAAGGCAGUAAAUUGUCAAGCAGGCGCACCGCUGCAUACGUUUUUAGUCGAAAUCAUGCAAAAUAUGCAAGAGUGCAUGCAAAGGGACGUUGGCGUAAUGGGGUUAUGCAUGGUAACUGUUACUUGGACUAUCCUGAUGGUAAAUGCUAUUAUGGAAAUAUGAGACACGGCGAGAUUGAAGGAUUUGGCAAGAUGCUGUUACCUUCGGUAGGUUUGUAUGAAGGCGAAUUUAAAGCGGGAAAAUUUCAUGGAUAUGGUAAAUUUGAAAUGAAGGACAAGGAAGAAUACGAAGGCUAUUUUCGUGAUAAUCUUUUUCAUGGCCAUGGAAUGCUACGUAGUAAUUACUAUACUUACAUGGGAGAAUUUCAAGCUAAUACCAAAAGUGGUUAUGGCGUUUUGGACGAUAUGGUGACUGGAGAUAAGUACAUGGGUAUGUUUGCAGAUAAUAAGCGUGCUGGUGCCGGCACCUGCAUCACCAUGGAUGGAAACUAUUUUGAGGGUAUUUUUGCAAAUGAUGAAAUGGUUGGCACAGGUAUUGCAGUUUUUGAAAACGAAUGUUAUUACGAAGGAGAGUUGACUAUGCGUGGACCCAAUGGUAAAGGCACCUAUUACAUGUCAAAUAAACGUUCUGAAGGCGAUAUUUUAAGUAAUGACAAUGGUGAUAUUUCUAAUUUGCAACUCAUUGGUAAUGUACUUAGCGGAAGUCUUGCUGGCAACUGGAACGAGGUUCGAAUAGUAAAUGGAACUAUGGCGGUAAACAUACAAUACCCAAAAUAUCCGAAAUCCAUCGGUGAACUCGUUGUGGACAACAAUAGAAAAUGGCGUUCAUUAUUUGACAAUUUUGCACAACAAUUUUUUGGUGCAUAUAAAAAAAGGCCUACAAACGAUUCCAAUGGCAUAACAACAACAAAGAAUAUUUGGACUUGCAUUGUCAGCUUUAUGAAUGUGCAAAAAGAACGCGAAAAGUCUUUAGAACAAGAGAAUACUCCAUAUCAGUCAACUAACAGUUAUUUCAAUAAAAACAUAUCUCUGGGAUAUUCCAAUAGUUUUGAUAAGCUUAGCAUUAAAUCAACAAAUAGUCUUUUGACUACAGCGAAAUCAAGUAUACUGGACGCUAGUCACAGUUUCUUAAAUGCUAAACUUUCACAUUCACAAGAAACUCUAAACGACGCUGAUCUCAAUGAUGCAGACUUUUUCUAUAUCAGCAGUUCGCCAGCAGUUCAACAAAAUGACCAGCAUAGCUCCAACAGUGAUGAAUUGAAUAUUAGCAAUGAUGGUAAUAAUUCGUUAAAUAGCUUGAUGAGAACACAAUUCAGUAUGUGGACUAAUGAUUCCGCUCUCAAUUCACCGUCAUCUUUAGACAGCUCUUUAAAUCUAAGUACAAGUUUGAAUAAUAACAGUUUUACAACUCAAAAUAAUUCAGAUUAUAUACCCAGUUUUGGUAUGAAUUCAUUGACAGAACAAGAUGUAAGCGCUAUCAAAACUUAUCUGAACCAAGCCUUUCAGGAUCGUUACCAUCCACUAUAUUUGCUAAAUCAACGUAUCGAAAAUUGUUUUCACACAUCUUACGGUUGCUGGAAAGUAAAACCUACACCAAUAUUGGCUAGACAAGCUAUGCUUGAAUGGGAAUCUAUAUCAAAACGGGUUUAUAAAUUUAUUAGAAGUAUGUUUCCUGCGCUUCCAGAAGAUUACUGCAUAAUUGAAAGUAGCAGAGAAGUUAUAUCGCAUAUAACUCUAUUAUAUCCCAUCAUACUAUCUAACGCUAUUUACUCAAUACUUUUCGUUCUUUAUGCCAAUAAAUAUAGCCAAAAGGAUGAAAUGUAUCGACAAAAUAUAAUGUAUGCAGAAAAGUUAAACAACGACGAAUUGGCGAAAUGCUUAGGCCUAGACAGUUCAUUUUUGCCAGUAAUUAACCACCCUCUGUUUGACGAAGCUAUCCAAACAUUCCAGCAGCUUCAAAUCAAACAUAGCCCCAAAGCCAUGCUGACUGUGAUAGAAAAGUGCAUGCAAUUGAUAACUGAUACACAUAAAGUAGUUGAACAAGAAAAUGCAAUAAAACUGGACGCUGAUAAUAUUAUGGCACUGACAUUAUUUUUGGUAUUACGUGCUAUAGUUCCCCACUUAGGUGCUGAAUUGGCUCUACUCGAUGAUCUGACAGGAGGCUCCAAUUUUCAGUUCGAAAUGAAUGGUCUAGCAGGUUAUUGUUAUACUACCAUAAAGGCUUCCUAUGAACACAUAACAGCGAAACCACUAAAUAAAACUUAGUUCGAAAUGCGAUUGCUCAGAAUUAUUUAAGCUUAUAAAUUAACCAAAUAUGUGAAAUGUUAUUUGAUAAAAGGCAAUUACUUUGCCUACAUUUGUUAACAUUACUGUUGCGUUGUUACAUAUUAUUAAGGAUUUACAAUAGUUUAAAUAUUAUAUAGUAGUUGUACAUACAUAAAAACUAAUUUUUGUUC